AUGACCCUUAAGAUGGACGUCUCAGAUGCGCAACUUGAGCUAAAUUCCACGGUGUCGAAGGAUGGCACCAGAAUCGCAUAUUAUAAACUUGGCCGCGGACCAGGGUUGAUAAUUAUUCAUGGAGCAAUGCAAUCUGGACUCAGUCACAGUGAACUUGCGUUCUUCCUAUCGAAAAGCUACACAUGCUACCUUCCCGAUCGUCGAGGGAGGGGCAAGUCCGGUCCUUCUGGCAGCGACUACUGUCUUAUCAAAGAGGUCGAGGAUGUCGAAGCUUUGCAAUCUACGACUGGCGCCAAAUAUGUGUUUGGAGUCAGUUCCGGGGCUGUGAUAGCGCUGAAAGCCGCACUGAUUGCUCCCUCCUCACACCUCGAGCGAGUUGCAGUCUUCGAGCCUCCUUGGUGGCCGGACUUCUUAAUCGAAGAGAGUACAGCAUGGGUCAGUCGCUAUGAGGAGGAACUCAGUCGUGGCGACAUUGCAGAAGCUUUGACAACUGCGUGA